CAAAAUGUCUACGCUACACUUACUGCUUAUUAUUCAAACCUUACCUUUCUAAAUGACUUACUUCAACAACAACUUGACGAUAACAUCGAGCUACUUAAGGAGAAAGAUGAAUUCGAAUACAAGAAACUUCUCAUAACCGCAGUGAUAGCUGCUAACACAAUUCUUCAGUUCCCUAACAAGAACUCAGGAUUAGCUAUAAGUCAGUUACCAUUACCACAAUGCACACCAUCUUCCAUAUUAUUAGAAAAAAGAAGUUUCUCAGGAAACGGUAUAAAUGACACCAAAACUCGAGGAACUUUUCUUAAACUUUUGGAAGCAACACAUUCUGAUAAAGAGACUAGAAAAGAAGAUUUGAGAUCAAAACAUGUUAUAGCUAGCGAUGAGUCUUCCGUGUUGGAUGAAAAUAAAAAUUCCAAGAUUCAAAGAAAACUUCCAAUCGAGGACGUUCAAGAAACUUUCUGGAACGAAAUAUUAUUUUCCAAAGCCGUCAUUUUGAAUGACCGCAAGGUGAAACAAUAUUUGGUAAAUCGAUAUUUAGAAGUUCGUCCAAAAGAUGAUAAUUUUCGUAAAAAGUAUAAUUAUCAUAUUCAUAAUGAGGUUGGAAUUCCGCAAAGAUCAAAGUUUUCACCGAUACUUUGUAGCAUUUAUUAUGGGGAUUUGGAGCGAACCGAACUCCAAUUUGUAAAGGACGGUGAAGGAGUAAACUUUGAUUUGGAAAUCUCAGGGUAG